AUGGAGACAUGGCGACUCAAGUUGUACUCUCCGAAGCAAGCCGCGGCGCAGUCGAUCGAUGAAUCACACCUUCGCAGCGUUCAAUUGGUGGACGAGCCCGCCGACGGCCCCACCCGCGAUAAAAAAAACGACGGCGUGCGCGACGGUCGAGUCACCAAGGAGCGGGCAGCCUGCAAUUCUCCAGGAUGCAACAUGAGCAAGCGCUCAUUCGAGGAGUCCAGGGGCAGCCUUCCGCCUGAGGCCGAUCACAAUGGCUUUCUGCCCAUCCACGAUCUGCUCUCGCCUGGCGACGACCAGGAACAUGACCCAACGCCCCCUUCCGGGCCGUCCAAGAAGCCCCGGAACUUCAUUGCCACGGUGGCUUGCGAGACUUGUCGCUUGAAGAAGACGAGAUGCGACGAGUCCCGGCCGAAGUGCGGGCUGUGCAAGUCCCAGGGCUUGCAGUGCGUCUAUAAUGAACGGAAAUCAUCCAAACGAGAUCAGUCACUCACAAUGAUCAUGAGUACUUUACAUCGGCUGGAGACCAAGUUGGAGAACAUACCGUCAUCUAUCUUCAGCGACCUGCAGUCUCUUGGGGGGCAAUUACGCCAUAUCAGUGAUCAUUCGCAGGAGGCGCAGCCAUCUCCUGCUCACCGUGAUGAUGGCCGCCGCACAUCCGUGAUGCCUUCCGCCGCCACCCCCGGCUUCACUCCGGCUGCUCGAGGUGGAGAUGACUUUGACUGGGAAGAGAACCAGCCAGCCCCCGACUCAUCCGGUCGCAUCUCCAUUUCGUUCAGUCAACAUGGGGUCAUUCUGUGGCCGGGGGCACGGAAAUUACGUGAUCGAGCUGGAAUCGAUGCGCCCCCCUAUGCCCAUGUUCACGAGCCCAUUUCCGCUGCAUGGGGGGAUCACUGGCUGGAAGCCUUACCGCUGGCCAUGAUCAAAGGCCUCGCCAACGCUUUCUUUGCCGUGUUCAAUCCAUUUACGCCGAUCAUGGAUAAAAGCUUCUUCUUCUCGUUUACUCUUGGCUCAGCUAUUGAGAGUGGCUUUGGAUACACCAUGGAAAGCUGUCUGGUCCUUAAUGUACUAGCUCUAGGCUGUCUAGGUGUCCUCGCCUACCAGGAGGGGAAUUAUCCGCUCCCGGGGACGCAAAGCCGUCGCUUUGAGCCACCGGAGUGGAUGAAUGUGGUCUAUGAAGAACAGCCGGGCCUCCGGUUCUUCAAUGAAGCCCGUCGGCGUAUUGGAUUUUUGAUGUGUAGCAACGACCUGCAAAGUUGCCAGUUCUAUUUACUUUCUUCUGUCUACUACUCCCAGAUCCCUCGUCCAAUGGAUGCAUGGGCAAUGAUCCACCGCGCGGCAACUUGCUGCCUUUCGAUGUUGACCAACCACGAUGUAUGCUUUGACGAAUGGGAAGGCGACAUGAAAUCUCGUGUGUAUUGGAAUUGCCUCAUGAAUGAGACCAUUCUUGUCCAAGAACUACACCUGCCGCCCAGCGGACUCUUCCGUCUCGAGGAUAAAGUCCCAAUUCCGAAAUUUAUUGGCUUUGAAACGACGGGUUACACCUCCGCCCGAUAUCCAUCCACCCAAGUCGUCGAUGAUUCAUACUUUCAGUAUCACUUCCUCGCACAGGUGGCGCACCGGAUCAUCUUGACCCGCAUCCGCCAUUCCCUCUACUUCUACUCCGAUUCUGGAACAAUCCCCCUCCCUGCCGUCAAUGCUGAACUCCACCACCAGCUUGAACAAUGGCGCACAAACCUUCCGCCUGCCAUCCAAUUCACCGACAACCAACUUCAGCCAUCAUAUUCUACCCCGGGCGACCAUUCUUCCGUCCAUCCUUCGCCCUCCUCAGCCCCGUCACCAAAUCACAUCGCUCCACACUCCUCUGAUCCAAACCGUCCCUUAUCACCCGCAGUAGCUGUCACUGAUGCCAUGCUACGUGGGCGGUAUAUGAUUGCGAAGUUCCACAUUGGCCGACCGUAUCUAUACAAAGCGCUGCGGAUCCCGAACUUGUUGACAGAUGACGAUCUCGAGCAGAUUAAAAGUGGUUUGCAAAAUGCGAUGGAUUGGCCUGUGGCGCAGGGAAUCUUUCGGAAGAUGAAGAGUUGUAUUCCGAUCAGGUUUGCUUUUUGUUCACAGUUUUUCGGUCAGAUUCUGCUCUUUUAUUGUAUCGCCCAUUCACCCAGUGCUCGUGUGCGGGAAACCUUGCCUAGCGGAUGGGAGCGUUGGAAUGAAGAGAUGUUGCGGUUUCUGGAGGACUGCGCGCGAAAUAGUCCGGCUGUGGCGCAGGACCUGGAACUGCUACGCUCAUUGUGGCCUGGGCAUGAUUAG